CUUAGUAGCAGCUCCCUUCCUGAACAUGGCUGCCCUCGGGAGGCUCGUCUCCGUCUUCAGGAACGCAGUGAGGAGUCCUCGGUCUCUGAGAGCUGUAGCACGGCACCGUGCUGUCGGACCCGCUAUAGUGGGCUCAGCUCUCGGUACCGGGCUUAUCUGUUAUUACCAAUAUCUUCCUAACAGGACUCUGCUCUUUGCUGUCCAUGCCGAGGCACCGAAAGAAGUAGCAGCUCCAACUCUGUCAGCCAGGAAGGUUCGGUUCGUCCAGUUCGCCUCGGGGAUGUACGAGCAGGAGCCCUACAUGACCCCUAGAGACUUCCUGUUCUCUGUGAUGCUGGAGAAUGUGGACCGAAAGCUGCAGAAGAGAAGUUUAACCACACAGGAGGUUAACCACAUGUUGGCCACUGCCUCUAAAGCUCUGGCCGGUAAUGAACUGUUCAGAACAAUAGGAGACGAUGGUUUGAUAUCCUACACAGAGUAUCUGUUCCUGCUGACCAUCCUGACCAAGCCACACAUAGGAUUUCAUAUUGCUUUCAAAAUGCUUGAUGUUGACGGCAAUGAGCAGGUGGACAAAAAGGAAUUUCUCAAGCUGAAGAAAAUCAUUGGGACCAGUAAAAAGAGAGCUCCUCAAGGCACAGAGAAAGCAGUGGAAGAAGGGGAAGGUGUGAACACGACUCUGCAGGCCUACUUCUUUGGCAAGGGAGGAGAAAACAAGCUGCAGUAUCAGGACUUCCACAGGUUCAUGGUAGACCUGCAGGCUGAAGUCCAGGAGAUGGAGUUCCUGCAGUUCUCCAAAGGUAUGGACACCAUGAGGAGAGAAGACUUCGCUGAGUGGCUGCUACACUACACCAACGAAGAAGACAACGAGGCGUACUGGGAGAACAUGAGGAAGAGGAUCCCUGCUGGCCAGAGUAUCACCUUCGAGGAGUUCAAAGCCUUCUGUCUGUUCACCAACAAUCUGGAGGAUUUUUCCUUUUCUAUGAAACUGGUCACUGGAACCAACCGCCCUGUUGGAAUGGCCCAGUUCAAACGAGCAGUGAGGAUCGCCACAGGCCACGACCUGUCUGACAAUGUUCUGGAUACUGUCUUCAAGCUCUUUGAUAUGGAUGGAGAUAAGUGCCUGAGCCACAAGGAGUUCAUGGGAGUGAUGACUGACAGAAUACGGCGCGGCCUGAAGGUGCAGCACCAGAGUGGCUUCUCCGGCUACUGGAAAUGCGUGAAGCGAGAGACCCUGAAGGGAGCUAAGGAGGCCCUGGGGGACACCGGGUGCCCCAUCUGAACCACUCUGACCACCGGCCGCCUUGGUGUUGUAUAAUCAAAACAAGGGGUGUGAACAAUAUUUUUUCAGUUACCACAUUUCAGGAACCAAGGCAUUACACCACUAUCUUUUGUAAAAAUAAUGUUUACAGAUCUAUUGUGUGAUAUUAGCUGUGAGUGUUUACAAUAUUAUAUUUUACAGUUUGUUCUGCCCAUUAUGAUUAAUUAGGCAUUUUAUAUUUAGAAUAUCUAACCACUUUUAAAUAACUUUUGCACAUUACACACUUUCACUCACUGGUUAGGGGACAUUGAUGCAUUCUCGAGGGCUUAUACAAUAUCUGGUGUGGGGUUUUCAUGUUCUUUUGUGAAAUAUUUAUCAAAUAAAGGUUUAUGAAAUUACCAAA